CCAUCCUUCAAUUCAUUUAUGUACACAAGAGUAAAACCCCUCCAAGGCUCCAACACAUGAUCGACAUUGGACCGGCUGCGUCUUCCCGCACCUUAACCCGGUGGAGCACCGUCCUGCCGCUUGCCAUGCGUGAACCCCUGGAGAACAAGAAUCGCGAGGCGAGUCGUGAGAGGGGUGAGAGUCAUGAAACAACCCCGCCCACAAGGACCUGGCAACCACCGUCAGCUGGGAGAACAUCCGUAAGGCCUGCCCCCUGCUGGAUUCUUACUUCUGGGCCCGGAUUACUGCUAUUACUGAGAUGCGCGAUUACUCCACUCAGGAUCUAGAUCCUGUAGGUGGGGACGAACCGGUUCCUGGUCUCUCUGAAUCCCACUGGUCGCACGGUUUCACCAUGUCCACCGGUUCAUCUCCAGCUGAGCUUCCAACAAGGACCUAGCAGGGCUUUGGCCAGGCCAAUGUUUGGGUCCGCCAAAGUUUACCUCCAUCCCACCCAGAAAAAGGAAAUGA